UUCUCUAAACAUAUCUACCUCCCUAGGCAGCAACAGACAAAGAAACACUACGAAGUAGGCGGGCCAUUAGUUAGCACCCUAAACCGAACCUAACAGCCAUGUCCGGAAACCCAGCCCCACUCCUCCGCGUCCCCAACGAGAUCCUCCAUACGAUCCUCGAGCACAUAACCGAGCCACGCGAUUAUUUCCGUCUAGCGCGAACGUGCCGCCGCCUGUGGGGACACGAGGACCCGAUAUACAUGUGCGUGGUGCUCGACGCGCGCAUCCUCUGGGCCAACAUAAUCGGCAGUCCGGGAUCGAGCGUUCGGCGGUGGCCCCCGCGCUACGAGCCGCUGCUGUACUGGUGUCUGCGGACGCGACAGCCCGUGCACGUCGUGGCGCGCUUCGUCGACCGCUACUACCGCGUGUAUCCGGAGACGAUACAGGGGUCGCGAACGUCGGCUCUUAGGCCCGCGGUCGUGUACGCCAUCUCUGCGAACCACCUCGGCGCGCUGCGGGUUAUGCUCGACAUGCGCGUGAUACCGCCGCUGACGGAAAUGGGCGGGCAGUAUAUGAGCUGGGCUGUCGAGCUGUGCGAUGAUCUCGUCAUACCGCGCUGGCUCGUCGAGAACGGAGUCCGAGUUACGGCGCCGCAUAUGUUUGCCCUUGAUAGGAGGGGGCUCGCGCCGAGUCCUGACGCCGACUGGCAGUGGUUUUGGAGACAUUACAGUUCGCCCGUCGCGACCACCACGGGCAACGCGGGCGGUGCGAGUAAUACAGGUGGGCCAUAAGUUCGGAUACGUAAAUAAUAAUCCCCCCCUGAGUGUGAUUAUGGCUUCGCUGGAACCUAAGAGAUAAUGCGUCUCUGAUUGGACUUAGAUACGACGCGCUCUUUACCUUAGGUAUAUACUUGGUAAGUACGUAGAAACAUUGUAAUUUGAAAUUACACCUAAAAAGCGUUAUUUUAUCAGUGUAUUGUCU